AAUGCAGGGUCAGCCCAGCAGAAGGCAGGGUGGGUGGGGCUGAGUCACAGGAGAAGGGAUAAAUGCCAGGUCCUAACCCACAGUACCCACCCGUUGUUCGUUCGUCCUCAGUGCAGGGCAACAGGACUUCGGGCUCAAGAUGGUGACUGCAGCCAUGCUGCUACAGUGCUGCCCAGUGCUUGCCCGGGGCCCCACAAGCCUCCUGGGCAAGGUGGUUAAGACUCACCAAUUCCUGUUUAGUAUUGGACACUGUCCCAUCCUGGCUACCCAAGGACCAAACUGUUCUCAAAUCCACCUUAAGGCAACAAAGGCUGGAGGAGAUUCUCCAUCUUGGGCCAAGGGCCACUGUCCCUUCAUGCUGUCGGAACUCCAGGAUGGGAAGAGCAAGAUUGUGCAGAAGGCAGCCCCAGAAGUGCAGGAGGAUGUGAAGGCUUUCAAAACAGAUCUGCCUAGCUCCCUGGUCUCAGCCAGCCUAAGGAAGCCAUUUUCCAGUCCCCAGGAGCAGAAGCAGAUCUCUGGGAAGGUCACACACCUGAUUCAGAACAAUAUGCCUGGCAAGUGUUUCUCCAGGAUAGACAAUCAGAGGUGGAAAUUCUUGGGAUGUAAGGGAAACUAUGUCUUCAGUUAUGACCAGUUUUUCAGGGACAAGAUCAUGGAGAAGAAACAGGAUCACACCUACCGUGUGUUCAAGACUGUGAACCGCUGGGCUGAUGCAUAUCCCUUUGCCCAACAUCUCUCUGAGGCAUCUGUGGCCUCAAAGGAUGUGUCCAUCUGGUGUAGUAAUGAUUACCUGGGCAUGAGCCGACACCCUCAGGUCUUGCAAGCUACACGGGAGACCCUGCAGCGUCAUGGUGCUGGAGCUGGUGGCACCCGCAACAUCUCAGGCACCAGUAAGUUUCAUGUGGAGCUUGAGCAGGAGCUGGCUGAGCUGCACCAGAAGGACUCAGCCCUGCUCUUCUCCUCCUGCUUUGUGGCCAAUGACUCUACUCUCUUCACCUUGGCCAAGAUCCUGCCCGGGUGCGAGAUUUACUCAGACGCAGGCAACCAUGCUUCCAUGAUCCAAGGUAUCCGUAACAGUGGAGCAGCCAAGUUUGUCUUCAGGCACAAUGACCCUGACCACCUAAAGAAACUUCUAGAGAAGUCCAACCCUAAGAUACCCAAAAUUGUGGCCUUUGAGACUGUCCACUCCAUGGAUGGUGCCAUCUGUCCCCUCGAGGAGUUGUGUGAUGUGUCCCACCAGUAUGGGGCCCUGACCUUCGUGGAUGAGGUCCAUGCUGUAGGACUGUAUGGGUCCCGGGGCGCUGGGAUUGGGGAGCGUGAUGGAAUUAUGCAUAAGAUUGACAUCAUCUCUGGAACUCUUGGCAAGGCCUUUGGCUGUGUGGGUGGCUACAUCGCCAGCACCCGUGACUUGGUGGACAUGGUGCGCUCCUAUGCUGCAGGCUUCAUCUUUACCACUUCUCUGCCCCCCAUGGUGCUCUCUGGAGCUCUAGAAUCUGUGCGGCUGCUCAAGGGAGAGGAGGGCCAAGCCCUGAGGCGAGCCCACCAGCGCAACGUCAAGCACAUGCGCCAGCUACUUAUGGACAGGGGCCUUCCUGUCAUCCCCUGCCCCAGCCACAUCAUCCCCAUCCGGGUGGGCAAUGCAGCACUCAACAGCAAGCUCUGUGAUCUCCUGCUCUCCAAGCAUGGCAUCUAUGUGCAGGCCAUCAACUACCCAACUGUCCCCCGGGGUGAAGAGCUCCUGCGCCUGGCACCCUCCCCCCACCACAGCCCUCAGAUGAUGGAAGAUUGUGUGGAGAAGCUGCUGCUGGCUUGGACUGAGGUGGGGAUGCCCCUCCAGGAUGUGUCUGUGGCUGCCUGCAAUUUCUGUCGCCGUCCUGUACACUUCGAGCUCAUGAGUGAGUGGGAACGUUCCUACUUCGGGAAUAUGGGGCCCCAGUAUGUCACCACCUAUGCCUGAGAAGCCAACUGCCUAGGAUUCACACCCCACCUGCACUUCACUUGGGUCCAGGCCUCCUCUGUCUUCUGCUUUGUUGUGUGCCUCUAGCUGAAUUGAGCCUAAAAAUAAAGCACAAACUGCAGCA